GAGGGAAUCCCAAAAUGGUGGACGAAGAUAAAUGAUGGAUGAAGAACUAGAGGAAAAGACAGUAAAUAGAGCUGCAAGAGAAGGAGAUAUUUUGUCACUGAAAACUUUGUUGGAAAAUGGAGCAGAUUUAGACUGUAGAGACAACAGAGGCUGGUACCCCAUACACGAGGCUGCCUUUGGUGGCCAUACUGAGUGCUUGCAAACGCUGCUAAACCAUGAAAAUUGCUGUGUGAACUGGGAGGGAUUCCAGAAGGAGACCCCAUUAUAUGUUGCGGUAAAGGCGUGCAAUGAAUCUUGUGUUAAUGUUCUUCUUAGUCACCAGGCUGACCCUAAUAUUCUCAAUCACAUGGAGGAGUCACCACUUUACCAAGCUGUACUGCAAGGCAGUAUGAAUAUGGUUGAGAAGCUGUUAAGGCAUGGAGGGAAUGCUGACCAGAAGCAGUACACUGGAGAUGCCCCUCUACAUGUAGCUGCCUCAAAUGGCAAUUUAGGUAUUGUAAAGUUACUGCUAGAAUAUGGUGCAAUACAAGACACAGUGUCAGACUUCAACAUGACCCCCCUGUUCCUAUCUGCAAGGUUUGGCCACGCCCAUGUACUAAGCUACCUUAUAGGAAGUGCCAAGGCAGCAGGCCAGGGGUAUUUAGUGGACAAGCAGGCUGAAGAUGGGGCUACUCCGUUGUACCUUAGUGCCCAGAAUGGAAAUUCUGAUUGUGUUCAGAUCCUGCUAAAAGAGGGAGCUGAUCCUCAUUUUAAAACAUCUGAGAAAGAUUGUGAGGCCAUGCCACUCCAUGCUGCUGUACAGUUUGCUCAUAAAGAGUGUGUAGGACUGCUAUGUGACGUGACAGACAUAGACCUUUGUUGCAAGUGUGCUGUAGGGACUCCCCUUAAGUUUGCAAUUAAUGAUCAGAACAAUGGGGACUGCCUCAAACAACUCAUUGAAAGAGGCUAUGACAUUAACAGCCAAUCUGUUACCUAUCAUGGUUUGGAGAAUAGUAUUUUCACAAGACCCUUUCAAAAAUCUUGCACAGAAUUUACAUUUCUUACAUGGACAUUAUUGAGUAACUACCACGGAUCUACUGCAUAUCCAAAUAUGGUAAAGAUUCUACUAGAUAGUGGAGCUCACGUUAACUCUACCAAAGACACUGAACUGCCUCCCUUGUUGGCUGCAAUCAUACGGCAUGUUGGCAAAGACAUUCUGGAACUUCUUAUAACAUAUGGAGCUGAUGUUGAAGUACACCACCCUAGUGUGAGAAUAAUUGACAAUAUGUCCAUGGCUUUAAAGUUAGCAUUGAUGGUAAAGAAUUUAACUGCAGUUAGAGUACUUUUGGAACAUAAUGUUACGCCCCCGAACCCCCAGUAUAGCCAAGGUAGAGAGAGAGAAAUAAUGAUGAUAUUCUGGCACAGGUGUUAUCAGCAUACAGGGGAGACUACAUCUGGGAAAGCAAGGAGUCUAUGGUCUCCAAAGGGUCUUAAACAUUUAUCAAGGUGCAAAAUAAGAAGAAGCCUGGGAACUACGAAGUUCAAAGAAAGACUCUCUCAGCUGUCCACUUGUCAACCUCCAAUACUGCCACAUUUAAUGAUGGACUAUUUAGAGUAUAAAUAUGAACUUGGGGAGUAACAGGAUGCCACUGUCUAAAACAAAAUUUACUCUCAGCGCAUGUCACAAGAAAGUGAUUGAUUAAUAUAGAGAAUCUCUAAAUAUUUAUUUUAUGUGGAAUUAUCCAGAAUUGCAUGGAUUCUACAAAAAACUCUCCAGAAAAACAUCAUAAUAGCAGAAGUGUAUUUUUGCAACAAAUCAAGAUUCCUUUGUUAAAAUUUUGUUAUUUUAAUUAGCUUAAAGUUUUCUGAAGAGUAUUUAGUAUCAGGUGUAUCCUGAUAAAGUUGGUUGAACAUUAUUGGUUAAAAUAGUUAGAGUACUGGAAUUCUUAAACAUUUUUAACUUUUACACAUUGUACAAUGUAUAAUGUUUGUAGUACUGCAGUACUGUGUUUGAUAUUUGUUAUGAGUGUUUCAAUCUCAGUUAUUUUUCUUUCUUGCCAAUUGUAGGCUACUGGAUUGAGUUCAGUAUGUAGUUAUCCCAUCGAACAAAGUUCGAAGGGAUAUAGGGAACGC